AUGAUGAAUAAUAUUUAUGGAUAUCUUUUUGGUGAUAAUAGCAAUAAUGAUAUGGAUAGUAACUAUUCAGAUGAAUCAAUGGAUGGUAUUAUAACAUCACAACAAAAUCCAAUAUCCAUCUCACGUUCCUCAUCAUCUUCUAAUUUUGGAGAAGACGUUGACUGGGUUUUGAUUAAUCAAGGAAAAUCAGGACGUUCAACACCUGAAUUAAUUCCAGAAUAUGAGUUAAAUGAUAUGGAUGAUUGCCUUUCAACAGUCUCUGGAAUAUCAACACCAAAAACUUCUGGUUCAGGAAAUGAAACAAAAGAUAAUGAUGUUAAAAAUCAAACAAAAAUGUCAAUGAGACAACUUGCUACAAAACAAAGAAUGUUAGAAAAAGCAAAAAAAGAGGAACAUAAAAAGGCUGUUCGGGCUAAGCAGGCUCAAAAAAAUCUUCUUAUGCAUGCAUUAUUCUCUGAAAAUGUUACGGGUGUAGAAAAAUUAAAGAGUCUCAUUGAUGCUAACAAUGUAAUAGAUAUUGCUUUUGGUGAUAAUGGUAAUAAAAUAUCUUCAAUUAAAACAAAAGGAAAAAAAAAUGGAAGAAGAUAA